CAGCGUCGGGAGCGGACGGGCCGGACCAGGCCGGGAGCUGCGGCGGCAUGAGGAUGCGCGGGCUGUGGGUGCUGGUGCUGCUGCUGGGGCUGGCUCAGAUCGCCCUCCUGGCGCAGGGCGCGGCGGCACAGGAGGAGGAUGGCGACGGAGAAUCUGUUAUAAAAGAAGCUGAUGAUGAUGGUGAUGAUGACGACGAUGAAGAAGAAGAUGAUGAAGAUGACGAUGAUUCUGUAGUUAAAGAAGAAAAUGGUGUAUUAGUCUUGAAUGAUGCAAACUUUGACACCUUCACUGCAGACAAGGACACUGUGCUGCUGGAGUUCUACGCACCAUGGUGUGGGCACUGCAAGCAGUUUGCUCCUGAGUAUGAAAAGAUAGCCAAAACUCUGAAGGAAAAUGACCCUCCUAUUCCUGUAGCCAAAAUAGAUGCUACUGCAGCCACUUCACUGUCAAGUCGUUUCGAUGUCAGUGGCUACCCAACCAUCAAAAUCCUGAAAAAAGGCCAAGCUGUUGACUAUGAUGGGUCUCGGACGGAAGAUGCUAUUGUGGCCAAAGUCAAGGAGGUUUCUGACCCCAACUGGACUCCUCCACCCGAAGCUACUCUGGUAUUGACCCAGGAUAAUUUUGACGAAGUUGUGAAUGAUGCUGACAUAAUCCUGGUGGAGUUCUAUGCUCCAUGGUGUGGACACUGCAAGAGGCUUGCUCCAGAGUAUGAGAAGGCUGCCAAGGAGCUCAGCAAGCGCACGCCUCCCAUUCCCCUGGCUAAAGUCGAUGCCACGGCUGAAACUGAGCUUGCCAAGAAGUUUGAUGUUACUGGCUACCCAACUCUCAAAAUCUUCCGCAAGGGCAAGCCUUAUGACUACAGUGGUCCACGGGAAAAAUACGGUAUUGUCGACUACAUGAUUGAACAGGCUGGUCCUCCAUCCAAACAGAUUCAGGCUACCAAGCAGGUACAAGAAUUUCUGAGGGAUGGGGAUGAUGUCAUCAUCAUUGGUAUUUUUAGUGGAGAGAAUGAUAAAGCCUAUCAGCUCUAUCAGGAAGCAGCUAAUGGUUUGAGAGAAGACUAUAAAUUCCAUCACACCUUCAGCAACGAGAUUGCAAAACUAUUGAAAGCAUCUCCAGGAAAACUGGUUGUCAUGCAGCCAGAAAAAUUUCAGUCAAAGCAUGAGCCCAAGAUGCAUGUUCUGAAUCUUAAAGACUCCACAGAUGGAUCUGAGAUUAAAGAGCACGUGCUAAAACAUGCUUUGCCUCUUGUUGGUCAUCGCAAGCCUUCUAACGAUGCCAAGAGAUACUCCAAGCGUCCUCUAGUGGUUGUCUACUAUUCUGUGGACUUCAGUUUCGACUACCGUGUUGCUACCCAGUACUGGAGAAGCAAAGUCCUGGAAGUGGCUAAAGACUUCCCUGAAUACGUGUUUGCUGUUUCUGAUGAGGAAGAUUAUUCUUCCGAAAUAAAAGACUUGGGCCUGCUUGAGAGUGGAGAGGAUGUCAAUGCUGCCAUUCUGGAUGAAGGUGGCAAGAAAUAUGCCAUGGAGCCAGAAGAGUUUGACUCUGAUGUACUCAGACAGUUUGUGCUGGCAUUCAAAAAAGGAAAACUGAAGCCAAUUGUGAAGUCCCAGCCAGUGCCAAAAAAUAACAAAGGGCCCGUGAAAGUGGUAGUGGGUAAAACUUUUGAUACCAUAGUGAUGGAUCCAAAGAAUGAUGUUCUCAUAGAGUUCUAUGCCCCAUGGUGUGGACACUGCAAGAAACUAGAACCAGUGUAUAAUGAGCUAGGUAAAAAAUACAAGAAUGAGAAAAAUCUGAUUAUAGCCAAGAUGGAUGCUACUGCCAAUGACGUGACGAAUGACCACUACAAAGUGGAGGGAUUCCCCACCAUCUACUUUGCUCCGAAGGACAAGAAGAACAACCCUAUUAAAUUUGAAGGCGGGGACAGAGAUUUAGAGCAUUUGAGCAAAUUUAUAGAGGAGCAUGCAACAAAACUCUCCAGAACAAAAGAAGAGCUUUAGAUAAGAUGAGGGUGGAGAACAAAAAUUGUUUGUACAAUGUAGUUAAAAUCAAGUUACUGACAAAACUUUGUGAGAGAAGAAUUAAGCAGUUUUGAGCAGAGAUUCUUGAGCAGUAAAGCAAUUGCAGUAUCUUUUUUUUUUUUUUUUUUAUAUGGCAGAUGAGUUUUUUUCUGGACACUGAACUUAAUACUCUAAUAUGAAUGUCUUACGUUAGUUACGGUUUUGAUCUUUGGAGAAAAAUACAUCCUUUAUUUUUUGUGACUAUCUUGAGCUUUAUUCUUUGACUCCAAUGCAGCUGUUUUUAAGUUAAAAGAUACUACCAAAAAGAGAGAAGCAGAUCCCUCAGACAAAUGGAUUUCUCUUAUUUGUUGUUAUGGUUACUGGGGGGAGCAGUCUUUUCAGCUAAUCUUUUCUGUUAUGUUUCUGUGUACCUAUUCAUGUGAUUCUAUCUGUGUAUUUAUAGCUGAGGAUAAGAAUGGAAGGUUUUCUAAAGUGUGGAUGAACUAUUUGGUCCUACUGAGAUAAGACACAGGGACUUGCUAACUAAAUAUGCUGUAGACCUGUUUUAGCUUUGUGCCUCUCUGUAGAGGGGGUGAUACUAAAAUAGCAAGUUUUUCUAAAGUACCUCUCUUUACCAGUCCUUACUGACCCAUUUACAUCUUAGUCUUCCUAAAUAUGUUUUGGAGUAACUGGAGUAUGGCAGAAAAAGAGCAUCUAGUGGGUGGUAAUGCUGGGAUCCUGGUGUCAGAUCUGUGUGUUACUGUCUCAUUUCCUUUUGCAGAGAAGAAAGUUUGCUAGUGAUUCUUCUUUGGGUAAGCAGACUGAGACCUUCUAAUGGUCUUUAUUCCUCUACCAGGUAUUGCAGGCACAAAGAAUAAUCACACCCUCUCUGUGUUCCCCUUGGGAAUAUAUGCAUUUAAAAGUAGGUUUUUAUCUUGUAUGGCCCAGUUUAGAUAUGUCCAUAAAUUUAUGGGCCAUGUUGAGGUUGCAGACUUAGGUGCUAUAGAAGCACUGUCUGCCUCCUCUAAGAGCUGUGAUGCUGUGGUGUGUGGGACUUGAGUGUCCCUGAGGCAGUUUUGAUUCACAUCUCAUUUUACAGGUAGUUUUUCCCUUACUGUUUUCUGUCUUGCAAAAUAUCACCAGUCUUCCCUCAGUAAUUGCUUGUUGCAUUAGUUUUUAGAUUUUGGAGGGUAUGCAAAUCUAAAACCAUUACCAUUUUUUUUUUUUUUCUGGGGAGCAUUCUUCUGUGUAGCAAGGAUAAACCCACAUCCAGGAGGUGGCUGUUCAGGUAGAGUCUGAGGACCCAAAAGGGACUGCAAGGGGCUUUCCUACUGCACCUGACAUCCCUAUUGAAGGGAUGUUCUUCCCUUCUGCCUUAACAGGGGAUUGUCCCCCACUGUUAACAACCCACACAGCAAAGCAUAACUAUGAAAUUAUUUUUGCAGAGGUGUAUGGGACUGCAUGAAGGCUUUCCCCUAAGUAAUGGUUUAGCCAAAGAUAGUGAACAAAGCUCAUCAGCAGAUUAUGAGUGAGAGGAACAGUAUCAAAUCUGGGAGUGCUGGGGUGGGCCUGAAUGCUGUUCAGCUCCUGUUGUUUAUCAGCAAAAGCUGGGAAAUGCUAAGCAUUAGCAUUUGUGUUAAAUAAGCAUAUUAACAUUAACAGUAAUGCUUAUUAAGCAUAAGAAAAAGUGUUAAAGUAGUGUCAUCAUUUAUCUCAGGCCCUACCAUUGUCCAUUUCCUCCUUUCGGAUUAGAGGUUUGGUUUUUUUUCCUAUUGUCCUUAAGUGGACAGUUGCCUGUUAAGCUUAGGCGGUAUUUCAUCUACAAGGCUCUUACCAAGUAAAGUGCAUUAUCUUCCCAUCUACUGCCAUUUCAGUUUGAAGCUCUUCUGUAGAGCUUUCAAAAGCUAUAAUCUAUUCUAAAUGUGUUGUGCAGGCAACAGGAGCGAGAUCAGACUUUGCUGAGCACCAGAGGUGAUUUUUUUCAGCUUUAGAGAAUAUACAUACAAGCCAAGUAACAAGUUCUGUCCUAUCUGUCAGUGUUAACAAUUCAGUUCUUCAAAGAAGUAGGCACAGGCUUUUUUAAUCAGUUCUUAAAACAUAGUUCAGGUUCUAUGCCAAAGCAAAUACCUCACAUAAUGCUAUGGGGAACUAAAUUGCUCCUUGUUAGUUGGUUGCAGACUUAAAGGGUUUUAUUCCAAAACAGCUGCUGUCUAACAGGGGGAUAUGGAUAAGUACGGCACAUGUAGAAGGGAGGGUGAAGAGUCCCUUAUUGGUGGUGAUGGACUACAGUCAGGACUGAAGCACCGUUCUCCUUGGGACAGUAAGGGUUAAAGUUGAGCAGGAGCAUUUCUCACCUCUCUUCCGACAGGUGCUAAAUUAUUAACGUUGUCAUUGCCAAUGCUGUACUGUUUCUAUAUACUGCUUCCUCUCCGUAGGAACCAACACCUCUGGGUUGAAACCUCUACAGCCUCCAGGGAGACCCUGUGGCAAUAAAAGACACAAGGCCCAGGGGAGUGUCCUAGGUGAGCUUGCUCAGUGCUCCUGCAAUCUCUCUCUUCCAUGCCUUCACGCGUGGAGGCAGCCUGGUACAUAAACAGUUACUUCAGUACUCUGCUGAAACACCUGACUCUUGUUUAGGAGUAGUGCUUAAGUCAGAGCUGAAUAAGGAAUAGGAAUACAGUAACUGUAGUACUGCUUAUAGUUACUUCAGAACAGUGAGCUGCAAGAGCAGGCAGUGUUACCCCAAGUAGGUUACGUGUUUAGGUUGUGAGCAGUAGAGGGAAUGAGGAUUUGUUCCAUCCUUACACUGGUGUUGCCUGACCACAUUUCCUGUGAGUCCUUGGCUGUGCUACUCACCUUGUCAGCUGCAUGUCAUAAUAAAUGCAUUUAUAACUUCCCAGCAAGAUGAGGAUACUGUUGUCUCUAAGCUUUGGGCAGAGUCAUAGUGGAAAGCUAAUUGCUUUGCUUAGUUCAAGUAUCCUAUUCUGUGCUGUGUGCACUAUCAACAUCGCAUGAACCCUCUGUGAAACUCACCGAGGUGGAUACAUCAGGAGGUCUGUUAUCUCUGUACAGAAAGUGAUACUAAUGUGAUUGAUGCAUUCUAAGGAGAACAGGUCAUAUAUUCUUUUGGAAUUUGUUCAAUGCAUUAUGCAUGCCUGCUUUUUACUUCCUGAGGUGUUAGGAUGCUUUCCUAAACAUCCUAAGUUCUUUUAUUAAAGAGUUACCUGAAUGCUGCUGGUUAGCUUUGGUAUUCCCGUCUUACAGAAGGAAAAAAAAAUGCACAGUACAAGAGAAUAAGGGAGCUCCCCUCACUUGCUCUUAGCCAGAGCUGCAUGAGCAUAUGGCAUAAUUUCUGAUUAUGGUUCCAGGUGGAAGAGAUCCUGCAGUUUAUGCCUCAGCACAGGACUGAUUUGUGUAAUAAUGAAAGUCCAUGGAGCCUGGCCUGGUGCAUCUCCCACACAUUAAUCCUCUCGAAAACAAACUUAUUUCUGUAAACUGUAGUACAUCUUAAAGUAGUAAGACUUGUGACUUCUUCAGGGUCAGCUCCUUUCUCUGAAGGGUUAGGAACUAAGGUACUGAUACAGCUGAUACUUCUUCAGGAAUGAGUUUAUACUGUCUCUGUGACAAUAAAUACUGGCCUGGGAUCUUGAUACUGCAUUAAGUGAUAGGUUUGGGGUUUUUGUACUGAAGAGAUUUGUUAGCAGUAGAGAGUUUGCAAUCAAGGUUGUUACCUGGUUCCUACUCUCAGCAAUUUUGUAUAGCCAAACUGCUAAUUAUGGUAGUGCCUGGAUGUGGCCUAGGAUUUGGCUGGUGGCAAGCAAGAAAGGCACUGCAGAGCUGGGGCCACAAAGUUUUAUCUGCGUUCUUGUACGUGAGGGUAUGUGCUGAGAAAACAGGCUUCUGGGAAGUAGAACAUGAAUAGAUGAUACAGGUUAAAGGCUCCUCAGGAAGUAUCAUUUACUGUAGUGAUCAGACUCCUGUCCUUUUUUUGCAACUGCAAACUGUUCAUGCUCCAAAAGGCCUGUUACUGACAGGUCUUUUACCUUUACUGGCUAGAAGUCUGAGUGUUGCAGUCUGUAUGCUCAGCCCUUGAUGUGGGCAGCAAGUUAAGCCCUCUGCAAACUGUGUAAUUUGCUUAGUCAAACUGGUAUAGAACCUUGUAUUUGUUACGCAAUUUGGCUUUGGUUUGCUGUGUGUGCUUGAGUUGCAGAACUCCCUUUGUCAAUGCAGAUCAGGGAUCUAUGAGCAGCCCUAGAAAAAUUGAAUGUGGUAGCAUCUUGGAUCAGUUGCCAGGCAUUUCUAAGACUUCAGCACAGUUUGAAGUGUCACAGGAAUUACUGCACAUCUCUGCAGUGCAUUUGCCAGGGGAGGGCUCUCAGUUGCUGACUACAAAGGGCUCCCCUUCUUUUCCUGCCUGGACCCAUGGUAGGUUGUGUGAAGCCAUGCAACCAUGGGCAGAAGAAAUGUUCUUCCACCAUGCACAGCUUGUCUUCAUAUCUGCCCAGAAUCCCACUCACAAGUCAAUGUUUUGUUCAUCCUUGGAAGUUGCUCUGCACUUGAAGCCAGUUCCUUUAGACAGAGCUCUGCCUGCUCUCAUGCCACAGACUGAUGUUGUGUUAAUGCUGGUGCUGGAUUUUCUGUGUCAGGAGCAGCUGGUUUUAUGUUUUAAGCCAUUGUGCUGUAAUUUGUCUGAACAAGAUCUAUAUGUACCAUGAAAACUAAAUUAGCAUGUCUUUGUAAAGUCUAGAUGAGGCUGCUUGGGUCUGGAAGGACAUGACCACUCUCCAGUUUCAUUUUUGCAUCCAGAGAGAAAGGAAUCUGCUCUGUGAACUGCUCCAAAUCCUUUCAUUAGAAAGGUGGAAGUUUCAGUUUCAGAAAUGAUGUUCACAUCUCAAGCUGUGUGUGACUUGGUUAACAGAAACAUAAAGGAGAUAAGCUAUAUUUAAUCCAACCAUGCAAAUAAAACCCUUAUCACAAUCAGUAACCCAAUCCUCUGAGGGAUUUCUGCAGGCUGGGGUUUUGAACAGCCAGUUGUUUCUUCAUAGUGAAAGCUGACACUUGACAGCCUGGCCUGCAUUAAUGCCCUUCUCCUUGCCUUUGUCUAAGUUAUAGUGGCCUUCUUGAAAUCUAGUAUGUUUUGCCUUACAAUACGAGAGAUUUGUUCUGCAAUACAGCCUGGUAAAAUACUGCUCAGAAUGAUAAAAGCAAAGUAAAAGAAAAAUACAGCAGAAGGUGAUCUCAGGGGAGGACAAAAGGUAAAUUAUAAAUUUCCCUUAAGUUAGAGAAAUCAAGGCUAGACAGGGCCAUUUACUCAGCUAAUCUCGUUGGUUUACAUAUCGGACCACAAGGUCUCAGCUGUUUGCUUUCCAUAUUCAGCCCAAUAACUUGCAUUUAACCUAUGGGCCUGUUCCAAAUAAAGUAUGCAAUACAAACAAAAGUCCACAGCUCUGCUGAGUGCUCCUGCUGCACUAGCACUGAACCACAUAAUGCAUUCAGGAAAUGGGACAUGCCACUAGAAAUUGGUACUACUGCUUUGAGUAAGGAAGGCAGCUUUGGGUUCACUUGUCAUGGGAAAUAUUUCGUAUGUAACUUUUGCUGGUGCCUUUGGACAGUGGGCUUCAGUGAUGUGUUUUCAUGUGGGGGUUGGCUUUUCUUUUGUGAUUUUGAGUUGGUUUUCAUCUUUUUCAGUCUUACGGUAACUACUAAAAGAUAGCAAGUAAAAUUCCACUAGUUGAAUUAAGCUGUAGCUUUUCCCAGACAGCAGAUUUUCACAGAGGGGAUAGUGACAAGAGGGCUGAGCUUCAUUCAAGCUCCUUUUCCUGAGCCUGCAGGAGCAGUAAUAGAUCACCUGACUUCAGCAGGUGCAAAACAAGAGAGCUGUUUACUGGUGUACUAAUGAGUCCAUGGAAAUGUAAGUGGCCUUACUAUAAUCUGCCUGCCUCUUCAUUUUUCUCAGAGGUCACCCUUAAUGUUCAAUUUGGACAAAAAAGCCAAUCUUUAAAUAGAAAAAUCACAUUUUAAAUAAAAAAAAAGGGGUCACAGUG